AUGGAAGGUGAGUAUUGACAAAACCGAGAGCAAAGAUAGGUGGUCAUAAUUGGCUUCCGUCAGGAACAAGGUGAAUCGUUUUAGGCCUACGGUGAAGGACAUGUGUUAAUAUCCCCUUUCAGAAACACUGCUUUUUUUAAAAUGAAACGCAAAGGUCAAAACGAAAGGGGAAAUGAACGUUGCAGGGUAAAAUGGUUUCCUUUUAAGCAAAUUGUACAUUCAAAUCCUACCCACUUGGGGAGCCAUGUGAUCAAUUCACUAUGUCUUUCCCGGUUUCCGAAACCGAAAAAGAGAAAGUGAAUUGAUCACUGAAGUUUAUUAAAUAAACACGGUUCAUGUUCUAUUUCCUCUCCUAUAAGGUCAGGAAACCUUGUCACGACAAAAACGCGCUUCAUCCGAUGACUCACAAGCGAAACCUGUGAAAACAGCCUCUGAUAUAAACCUGCUGAUUAAAGAAGAACUUCGUCUCCUACAGAAUAAAAUCUGCGUCAAAGAUGAAAAGCUCUGUCGACCAGGACCAAAAGGUAACACUGGAAGGCGGGGAAGACGAGGACCCCAAGGAAUAAAGGGCCCCCGAGGGAAACCCGGCCCAACAGGACCUCCUGGUAAACAUGGACCAAUAGGACCUCAGGGACCAAUGGGCAAAAAGGGGGAUCGCGGACUGCAGGGUCCGCCAGGUCCCGUAGGACCUAGAGGUCCGCCGGGAGAGAAAGGCGCACCGGGACAAUCUAUCUCGGCUCCCUCCCUGUUACAGCAGCCUGUUGAAACGACAGUCAAUGAAAGUCAGACAGCCAUCUUGAAAUGUACAGCGGUUGGCAAUCCACCACCAAAGGUCACAUGGUCUAAAGUGAAUUCGUCACUUCCUGUCGGUCGUCACGUGGUAGAGUCCAGUGGUGCUCUGAUUCUUCAGGAUGUUCAACGUGGAGACGAAGGCCAGUACACCUGCAAAGCCGAAAAUUUGCUAGGAAACAUCAACGCAACAGCGAAGCUAACAGUGCAGUGUAAGUUCCUUCUUUUUCGUCAAGAUUUUUAAAAAGGGUGUCCUUCAUCUUCAUACAUUUUUCGACGUGUUUCUAAGAGUGUUCUAACGGACCACUAGAGAAGCUCUCAUCUUACCGUUCUUCAUUUAUUUCCUUUGACCAUCUUUAUAACUUGCAUACCUCUCUAAAAGGGACAGUAACUAUUGGUCAUUCUAUCAGUACAGUAAAACCCGCGACUAAGAACCUGUUAGGCUAAAAUUUGCGAGUUAGGCCCCCUCUAAACAAGAACUUGUUCAGCCCUAAAAUUUGAAACACGCUCUUAUUUUCUAAAAUCUACCAAAAAAUUCUGUACACUUAAGGAAAUAAGAUAAGUCAACAUUCAGGAUCCUCUUCGAAGACAUAGGUACCUUAACACUUCAAUUUCAACUACUGUACUCCCCAAACACUCUGCCAGUGUUGCUAGGAUACAAUUUAGAAUCUGUGCGCGUGGUACAGAGGGCCUAGUUAUGACCAUCUGUGUAUCAACAAUUGGAUGUCGCAUUCGAAAAGCCAGUUUGACAAAAGGAAAAAAGAUUGACUAGUCCAGAAGUUUGGUCUGCAGUGACUUCAGAGCUAUGACGCGAUUCAGGCAGAGAAGACAAAAGGAGGCUCUGCUCGCAGCGGCAGGGUGGUUUUACCUAAGGAAUGAGCUACCUACUCCGAACCUUUUCACUGCCAGAUGUGGCCAAAGGCAAAUUUCGACCAAAUUUCCAAAUUUCAUUUUCUUAACUUUUGAGAAACAAAUAGCAUCAUGUGAAAGUAGGGGCAUAGAGCUUUCAUCUGAAUGGUCACAUCAUAGGAUUUCGUCCACAGACUCAAAAGUUAGAGUCACGUUACAAAACUCUAUCAAAAACUUGGGCAGUGAAAGGGAUAAAUACUCUUAGCCACAAUGUAUUUAUUCUUUAGAAAAUAACAACCUAUUAAAGAGUCUAAAUAGCCUAAAUUUGCGCUCAUUACCAUUUAUGUAAAAAACCUGUUUAGGUUAAACUGGGAAAAUGCAGGUUCUUAGUCGCGGGUUUUUACUGUACUUUGUUUACAAAAAAACACAAGUUUCUUUUCUUUCCAGAUCCACCCUCUAUUGUAUUGUCAUCAAAUCGCAUAAUGGCUGAAGAAAGACAAAACAUCACCAUGGCCUGCAUUACUACUGGCCAGCCGCAACCCACCAUCACGUGGUCAAUGUUAGGAGGUACUUUGCCCAAAGACAGAAAUAAAGUGAUGAAUGGAACCCUAACAAUCUACGACAUGGUAAAAAAAGACGGUGGUACGUACAUAUGCAAGGCAGAAAACAUUCUUGGAUCAGCAGCAAAGACGGCUCAACUUAUAGUUUUCUCUCCUCUGCGAUUCAGAGUCCUUCCCCCUACAGAGUUGACUCCUGUUAGCUUUGGUUCAAGCGUUCGUCUGCCAUGUGUAGCCGAGAGUGACCUGAAAACUACAAUUACCUGGACAAAGAACGGUACUACACUUCCUGAUGAAACAAGUAUUCUCCAAGACAACACACUGGUUCUUGACGGCUUCAAGAAAUCGCACGAAGGGUAUUACACCUGUACUGCAACUAAUGCUCUGUCAAAAAUCAAAUCAAAAGCAAAACUCAAUUCUCCAGUUGGUGUCGCUUCCUGUUCUGUGAUUAAGAAAUACGUCAGCAGUGUAAUUGGGAAUUACAUCAUUGAUCCAGAUGGAGAGGGAGGUUUGGCACCAUUCACAGUUUAUUGUGAUAUGACAGCUAAAAAUGGAGUUGGCGUGACGGUUAUUAGUCACGACAGUGAAAGCAGAACACACGUAAGAGGAUACAAUCCUCAGGGUAGUUACUCACGUGAUAUUCAUUACACAGGAGUGAGUCUCUCUCAGCUGGCGAGUCUUACCAGAGUCUCCUCGAGCUGUGAACAGUUUAUCAAGUAUGCGUGUUACAAUUCGGUUUUGCUUUACAACAACAAUGAAUAUGGGUGGUGGGUGUCACGAGAUUCUACGAAGAUGACGUACUGGGGCGGAGCAUCUGGCAAUGGUAAGUGCGCAUGCGGGAUGACUAACUCGUGUGCAAAUCCCAGUUAUGGCUGUAACUGUGAUGCGAAUGACAACGUAUGGCGUGAAGACAGCGGUUUCCUCACUGACAAGACCAAGCUUCCUGUAAUACAACUCAGGUUUGGGGAUGCUAGUGGUCCCAUUGAACAAGGUUACCACACACUCGGAAAAUUGAAGUGCUUUGGGACAGCAUAAAUUAAGGCUACCUCUCUUUUAUUCCAAAAUCGAAAAGCAAAACGACUUUGUAACGUUAUUAGUUUCAUAAAAGAGGAAGGAUGGUCGGAAGAAAUCCGGCAUUUCGUAGGCAUGGUAAGCAAAUUGCCGUCGCCCUGGUUAAAUAUAUUAAUAGACCUUUAUUUGACGAGAAUAAAAACUAAACAAAAAUAGUACAAGGGAUUAAAAAAUCCUACGCCCUUUGACUACCGCCUUUAAUGCGAUAGUCUUGUAGGUCAUUUAAAAGAGGAGUAGAAACAAUAAUUUCAUAAAUAACGAAAUAUUCUUGUCACACACGGCUACUGAAAAAUGAUGACGCUUCCUAACACUACAGAAACUUCUACGCCGGCCGGCUGCGACUUUGCGUGGGGGAUUUGCUAUAUUGUGUGACCAUCGAUGUUUAGACAGUAUUGUAGUACAUCUGUUGUUUUAAGGGCUAGGAAUACUUCCUUUACUUGUUUUUUUUUUCAACUGGGUAUCGAGCCAAUCAUGUAAGCCCUGACGAGAGCUGCUAGAUCACAUUGGCUUUUCGAACGUUUAGAUCUAUAAUUAACUGCGUUCUUGGAAAAAAAGUAAAACAUUUGUGCUUAACAAAACAUCUUUCGAAAAUAGUAUAACAUUAUAUUCUUUUACCGCAUGAAGAGUUUCUAAGAACGAGAUUGUAAAUGAAGCGUAAAAAAAUCAAUAAACGUUAGGUUCCGUUUCUAUGUGCAAUUUGUCAAUUUUAAAUCUUUUAAGGCGCGAUUUUCAAAUAACAAUGUGCAAGCGCGGUAAGUUGGCGACCGACUCGCGAGACGACGAAACAACAAAAGAUAAGCCUGUUACAUGUUAUGAAUAUAAGAUACUUUGUAGUCCAAAACAUGAGAAUAGUAAAUAUCAGGUGUGGGCCUUCAGUAUUUCUGGCUCCAUUUGUUCAAAAAGUGGAUAACGCUAUCCACUGGAUAAACCACUAUCCACUGUAAAGCGCAAUAUUGGUUUCUCUAAUAGUUAUCUGCUGGAUAGUGGUCAAUCUUGAAGAACCAGCGCCUAGUGUUUACCCAGGUCUUCACAGACAUGUACUGCCAUGCUACGCUAACCACGUGACACUGCCGCGCGGAAGAAUGGGUUCUAUAAAGGGAUUACGCAAGGCCGGCAGCGAAUGCCUGACCUCUCGAACUGAAACGUGACAAGAUGCGCGACGGGUAUCGGGCGCAAUGAGCAAAACGCAUGAGUUGCAUGAAGAAGAAAUAAAAACGAGUCUGUCACUUCUGUAACUAACUUUUCUAAUAACUUCAUCAAAAACCACACGGAAAGGUAUUGCAUUAAAAUACAGAUAAACAUUGACCUGUGCUAAGCAUGUUCCUUACGGAUCGUAAAUUAUUAACUCUCUCUAUUUGACCCUAAUAUUACUAAAACUUCCUGCCGUGCUUAAAUUCCCAAACAAGCUGAGACAACUCCUAGUCUAUCCCCUCUUCUCCUUGUCGUUCCACCAAAUCACUCAUAUUCGUCAGGUUUAUAAAUAGAUUAUUGACUAAAAAGAUAUUGAGAGUGUAUAAAAGGGCGAAGUAUUUCAAUUAUUCAAGUUUCAAAGCCCUUUCAAGGACGUCUGUCUCACUAAGGGUUUGUGAGGCCCUAGGCAUAACAAGACACUUCAGUUAUCAUGACAAAAACAAGGGCAGAAGAGAAAAAUACAACCAGAGUUAAAACAUUUGACAGUUUGUGUUGUAAGUCAGCUUUGCUGCUGUCAAUUGUAUGCUGUAUCGCACUUAUUCACGUAGAACUACGAGUACAAGAACAUCAUCAACUGAUUUCACACACAGUGACACGUUGUGGAAAGUUGGAAAAAGAAAUCCUUCGAGUGCAUCAGAAAAAUGGAAGAUGGAGAGUAACCGAAAGCAGCGAUUCAGGUUUGGGACAAGAGAUCCAAGGUGAGUAUUGAGAAAAACGAGAGCAAAGAUAGGUGGUCAUAAUUGGCUUCCGCCAGGAACAAGGUGAAUCGUUUUAGGCCUACGGUGAGCGACGUUUAAUAUUGAACUCCUUUCAGAAACACCGGUUUUUCUUAAAUCAACCAUAAACGUCAAGACGAAAGAGGAAAUGAUCGUCAGAAGUAAAAUAGUUUGCUUCUUAGCGAAAUGUACUCACUCAAAUAAGCCAAUUUUGCCCCGCUUUUGGGAAGCCAAUCAAAAAGAGGAAAUGGCUUUUAUUGGCAUUUGCUCUUACUGAUUGUCACUAAGAUUUAUCAGAUCAGCAAAGUUCACGUUCUAUUAUCUUUCAUAAGGUCAAGAAUCCUCGUCACGACAAAAACGCACUUCACCAGACAACUCACAAGCGAAACCGGUCAAAACAGCCUCUGAUGUAAAACUGCUGAUUAAAGAAGAGCUUCGUUUGCUGCAAAAUCAAAUCUGUGCCAAAGAUGAAAAGCUUUGUCGACCAGGACCAAAAGGUAACACAGGAAGGCGGGGGAGACGAGGACCCCAAGGUAUAUCGGGGCCCCGGGGGAAACCCGGCCCAGCAGGACCUCCUGGUAAACAUGGACCAAUAGGACCUCAGGGACCAAUAGGCAAAAAGGGGGAUCCCGGACUGCAGGGUCCGCCAGGUCCCACAGGACCUAGAGGCCCAUCGGGUGAGAAAGGGGCACCAGGACAAUCCAUCUCGGCUCCUUCUCUAUUGCAAAGUCCUGAACGAACGACCGUUAACAAAAGUCAGACAGCCAUCUUGAAAUGUACAGCGGUUGGCAAUCCUCCUCCCAAGGUCACAUGGUCUAAAAUUAAUUCAUCACUUCCUGUCGAGCGUCACGUGGUAGAGUCCAGUGGCGCUCUGAUUCUUCAGGAUGUUAGACCUGGAGACGAAGGGCAGUAUACCUGCAAAGCUGAAAAUUUGCUGGGAAGCAUUAACGCAACAGCGAAGUUAACGGUGCAGUGUAAGUCAUUUUUUUCCCUUAAUGAAUGGUUUUGGUCUUUAUAGGAACUGAAAAGGUUUGUCAAUUUUGUGUCAUGUGAAAUAGGCUCAGAGAGUUUUUUUAUUCCUGAAAAAAUUAAAUUGGGAUUUCUUUAUCCAUUCUUUCUUCCUUUUUCAGUUCUCUCUAAGCUAUUAUUAUCAAAAAAUCGCCUCAUGGCUGAAGAGAAACAAAAUGUCACUAUCAGCUGCAGUGCUACUGGUCAGCCGCCGCCUAAAAUCACGUGGUCUAAAGCCGUUGGUAAUUUGCCAAUGGGCAGAAAUGAAGUCAUACAUGGAGCCCUGACGAUCUACCAAGUGACAAGAGAAGACGGUGGAACAUACAUUUGCAAAGCAGAGAAUAUAUUGGGAUCAGUAACAGAUACGGUUGUACUCAUGAUAUUCUCUACUUUGCGGUUCAAAGUCCGUCCUCCUCAAGAAUUGACUCCGGUGAUUGACUCCACUCUUCCUCUGCCUUGCGUAGCCGAGAGUGACCUGAGACCUGUAAUUUCUUGGUCAAAGGAUGGCUCUAUACUUCCUGUUGGUUCGAGAGUUCUUAAAAAUAACACUCUCGUACUAAACAACAUCAAAAAAUCACACAGAGGAUCUUAUACCUGCAGAGCAAGUAACGCCCUCAAAACGAUAGAAACAGAGGUUAAAAUCAAUUCUCCAGUGAGGGCUACUUCCUGUUCUGUUAUCAAAAAGAACGUCAGCAGUGUGAGCGGAAACUACGUCAUUGAUCCUGAUGGCGAGGGAGGUAUGGCACCUUUCACCGUUUAUUGUAACAUGACAGCUAAAAAUGGAGUUGGCGUGACAGUCAUCAGUCACGACAGUGAAAGCAGAACAUCCGUGAAAGGAUAUGAAGGUCAGGGUAGCUUUUCCCGUGACAUUCAUUAUACAGGAGCGAGUCUCUCUCAGCUGACGAGUCUCACCACAGUCUCUUCACAGUGUGAACAAUUUAUCAAGUAUGAGUGUUACGGUUCCGUUUUGCUCUACAAGAACGAUCCGUUUGGAUGGUGGGUGUCACGUGAUUCUACUAAGAUGGCAUACUGGGGCGGAGCAUCUGGCAAUAGUAAGUGCGCAUGCGGGAUGACUAACUCGUGUGCAAAUCCCAGUUAUGGCUGUAACUGUGAUGCGAAUGACAACGUAUGGCGUGAAGACAGCGGUCUCCUCACGGAUAAAACCAAGCUUCCUGUAAUACAACUCAGGUUUGGCGAUACUGGUGGUACCAAAGAACGAGGUUACCACACACUUGGAAAACUUAAGUGCUUUGGGACAGCAUAA